AGGCUUAUAAACGGCCUCUGAAAGCUCUUAUUUUUCUCUCUCGCUCGCUCUUUCACUCGCUCACUCUCUACCAAACCCACCACCACAACCAUGGCUUCUUCUUCUUCCUUGACCCUAUCCCAAGCUAUCUUGGCCCGAGCCAUCUCUCACCAUGGCUCAAACUCAUCAUCUGAUCGAGUUUCUCUUUCCAACCUCACCAUCCCCACCUUCUCUGGCCUCAAAUCCUCGGCCUUGGCUUCUUCUUCUUCUUCCGCUUCCUCCUCCAAGCCGCGCCGCCGGGUUCACUCUACCCGACCCAUCAGAGCUGCCGCCGUGGAGACUUUGGAUAAGACUACCGAAACCUCUUUGGUGGAGAAGUCGGUCAACACGAUCCGAUUCCUUGCCAUUGAUGCGGUCGAGAAGGCUAAUUCAGGUCACCCGGGUUUGCCUAUGGGAUGCGCUCCGAUGGGCCAUAUUCUCUACGACGAGGUUAUGAGGUACAAUCCCAAGAACCCCUACUGGUUCAACCGUGACCGCUUUGUCUUGUCCGCCGGUCACGGCUGUAUGCUUCAGUAUGCUCUCCUUCACCUCGCUGGCUACGAUAGCGUUCUGGAAGAAGACUUGAAAAGUUUCCGUCAAUGGGGAAGCAGGACUCCUGGACACCCUGAGAACUUUGAGACACCCGGUAUUGAAGUGACAACAGGUCCACUUGGUCAAGGUAUUGCAAAUGCCGUUGGUUUGGCCCUCGCUGAGAAGCAUUUGGCUGCUCGUUACAACAAACCAGACAGUGAGAUUGUGGACCACUACACAUAUUGUAUACUGGGUGAUGGUUGUCAAAUGGAGGGGAUUGCAAAUGAAGCCUGUUCCCUUGCUGGGCAUUGGGGACUCGGGAAGCUGAUUGCUUUUUACGAUGACAACCACAUUUCUAUUGAUGGGGACACAGAUAUUGCAUUCACAGAAAGCGUAGACAAGCGUUUUGAGGGUCUUGGUUGGCACAUUAUCUGGGUGAAGAAUGGAAACAAUGGUUACGAUGAAAUUCGGGCUGCUAUUAAGGAAGCGAAAGCUGUCACAGACAAACCCACUUUGAUCAAGGUCACCACAACAAUUGGUUAUGGAUCUCCAAACAAGGCAAACUCAUACAGUGUGCACGGUAGUGCAUUGGGUGCCAAGGAAGUAGAUGCUACAAGGAAGAACCUGGGGUGGCCAUUUGAGCCAUUCCAUGUGCCUGAGGAUGUUAAACAGCAUUGGAGUCGCCAUACCCCUGAGGGUGCUGCUUUAGAAGCAGAAUGGAAUGCCAAGUUUGCUGAAUAUGAGAAGAAGUACAGUGAGGAAGCUGCAGAGUUGAAGUCCAUCAUCAGCGGUGAGCUACCUGCUGGUUGGGAAAAGGCACUUCCAACAUAUACUCCCGAGAGCCCAGCUGAUGCCACCAGAAAUUUAUCUCAGCAAAAUCUUAAUGCCCUUGCAAAAGUUCUUCCUGGUCUUCUUGGUGGUAGUGCAGAUCUGGCUUCUUCAAACAUGACCCUACUCAAAAUGUUUGGAGACUUCCAAAAGGAUACCCCUGAGGAACGCAAUGUGAGGUUUGGUGUUAGGGAGCAUGGUAUGGGAGCCAUCUGCAAUGGAAUUGCCCUUCACAGCCCCGGCCUAAUUCCCUACUGUGCCACUUUCUUUGUUUUCACUGACUAUAUGAGAGGUGCAAUAAGGAUUUCUGCCUUGAGUGAGGCUGGAGUGAUUUAUGUCAUGACUCAUGACUCAAUUGGUCUUGGAGAAGAUGGUCCUACCCACCAACCGAUAGAGCAUUUGGCAAGUUUCCGGGCCAUGCCUAACAUAUUGAUGCUCCGCCCCGCUGAUGGGAAUGAAACUGCCGGAGCAUACAAGGUUGCGGUCCUUAACAGGAAGAGACCAUCUAUCCUUGCUCUCUCUCGUCAAAAGUUGGCCCAGCUUCCUGGAACUUCCAUUGAGGGAGUUGAGAAAGGUGGCUACACUAUAUCAGACAACUCUUCAGGUAACAAGCCAGAUGUCAUUUUGAUUGGAACUGGCUCCGAAUUGGAAAUUGCUGCUAAAGCUGCUGAGGAACUUAGAAAGGACGGAAAGGCUGUUCGAGUUGUCUCCUUUGUUUCGUGGGAACUCUUUGACGAGCAAUCAGAUGACUACAAGGAAAGUGUUUUGCCGUCUUCCGUAACAGCUAGGGUGAGCAUUGAGGCUGGGUCAACAUUUGGGUGGCAGAAAAUUGUUGGAAGCGGAGGAAAGGCUAUUGGAAUCGACCAUUUUGGAGCUAGUGCACCAGCAGGAAAAAUUUACCAGGAGUUUGGUAUCACUGCCGAGGCUGUCGUUGCAGCAGCUAAGUCACUGUUGUAAGCUUGGUUAGAGCCCUAUUAGCCCAUCUUUGAAGCUUUGUUAAUUGUUAUUAGCAAUUCGGAUAAUAUUUUGGUUGGAGACCAAGAUGAAGAGACCAUAUAUAAUCCCAAUUGAUUUGUUUGAUGAGAGGUCUCCUUUUGUUUUUUUAAUAAAAGAAAAAUUAAUUUCCUUCUGUUGCUUUUAAUUCAUAAAUACAGCAACAUGGAUCAAAAAGAGAGAAAGUAGAAUGAAGAAUGAAUGUUCAUGCAUUUCGUGUAAACUCUUGGACCUGUGUUGAGUUUUGUAAUGAUCUAUGGUUGAUUAAUGAGGUUCACUUUCCUA